UCAUUCCUUCCUGCAGCUGUGGUGAGAUGUUCUGCUCCUGCCAUGGCCAGAGCUCUGUUUCCAUGGGGGGUCCUCAGAAAGCCUCUGUACGUCCAGGCCAGAUUCUCCUACCUCCACAUGAAGUACCUGUUCUUCUCCUGGCUGGCGGUGUUCGUGGGGAGCUGGAUAGUGUACGUGGAGUAUUCAUCCUACACAGAGCUGUGCCGAGGACACGACUGCAAAGACUCAAUAUGCGACAAAUUCAGAAAGGGAGUGAUCGACGGCUCUGCCUGCAGCAGCAUGUGUGAGAAAGACACGCUCUACCUGGGAAAGUGCUUCACCGUCAAGCCCAGCAGCCAGGUGUACUCAGGGAGCUGGGGCGAUCUGGAGGGGGUCAUCAAGUGCCAGAUGGAGGAGGCUCCACGUUACGACAUGGGAGGCGAGCUGGAGCCCAGGAAGGAGACGGCCUUCAACAAGCCUGCCAAGGGGACCUCUGUGGAGAAGUUCAGAGAAAUGAUCCUCAACCACCUAAAGGCCAAAGUUGGGGAUCAAGCCAACCUUGCGGAUCUUUCAACGCAAGUGCUGUCCAUCGCGGACGCCAACAAGGACGGCCACAUCUCCCUGCCGGAGGCUCGCUCCACGUGGGCUCUGCUCCAGCUCAACGAGUUCCUGCUGGCUCUCGUCCUGCAGGACCGAGAGCACACGCCCAAGCUGCUGGGCUUCUGCGGAGAUCUGUACAUGAUGGAGAAGGUGCCUCACGCGCCUCUGUACGGGAUCAGCCUGCCCUGGGUGGUGGAGGUGUGGAUCCCCGCCGGCCUGCGUCGCAGCAUGGACCAGUGGUUCACGCCCUCCUGGCCGCACAAGGCCAAGAUCUCCAUCGGGCUGCUGGAGCUGGUGGAGGACAUCUUCCACGGCACGUUCGGCAGCUUCCUCAUGUGCGACGUCAGCGCCGCCGCCUUCGGCUACAACGACCGCCACGACUUCAAGGUGACGGACGCGCGGCACAUCGUCCCCGAAGCCGUCUUCCAGGAGGACAUCCGGCAGCAGCGCUGCGACGCGGACGAGGACUGCCUGUACGGCGCCGACUGCCUCACGACCUGCGACCUCACCAAGCACCGCUGCACGCCCGAGGUCACCCGGCCCAACCUGGCCAAGGCCUGCGACGCGCUCAAGGACUACAUCCUGAGGGGGGCGCCGUCCGACGUGAGCGAGGAGCUGGAGAAGCAGCUGUACGCCUGCAUCGCGCUGAAGGGCUCCGCAGAGCAGACGGAAAUCGAACACUCCCUCAUUCUGAACAACCUCAAGACUUUACUGUGGAAGAAAAUCUCUCACACGAAGGAUUCCUAGUCGAGUCAGAAGUCUU